AUGGUGACUAAUCAGUCUCAAGCACGACAGCAGAUAUUAUCCCAAAACAUUCAGAGUAACAUCACAUCAACUGGAGUGCAAGGUGCUGUUGGUUUAACAUCUGCAUUACCACCCAUUGGCAAUUUAACUCAGAAUAUGGUGCCGAAUGCAGUUGGCCAUAAUUCCAGUUUGCAGAACAUUCAAAACAUCUCAGGGGUUUCACAGAACUCUGUAGGAACGAUGGGGCAAGGAGUGCCUUCCAAUAUUUUUCCCAAUUCUCAGAUUCAGGGAAGGCAACAACAGGUUGUUCCCCAACAGCAACAGCAGCAGUCUCAGAAUUAUCUUUACCAGCAGCAGCAGCAGCUACAACAGCAGCUUAUGAAGCAGAAGCUCCAGCAGGGAAGUGUCCCACACUCCCUAAUGCAAUCUCACAUCCAGCAACAGCAACAGAACCUCCUGCAAUCAACUCAGUUGCAGUCUUCUCAGCAAUCUGUCAUGCAGCCUAAUAUGAUGCAAUCAACUCCGCCCACUGGCCAUCAACAGAAUCAACAGUCUUCCAUUCAACAACCCUCCCAAGCAGUGCUUCAGCAACACUCUCAAUCUGUCCUCAGACAACAGCAGCAGCCGCAGCAAGCUGCCAUUAUGCACCAACAGCAGACACAGAUGCAGCAACAGCAGCAUCUGGUGGGGCAGCAGCCCAAUGCUGCAAACAUGCAACAAAACCAGCAAAUUGGGCAACACAACAGCAUUCCUGAUAUGCAGCAGCAGCAACAACAGCAACAGAGGUUGCUAAGUCAGCAGAAUAAUCUUCCAAACCUACAGCAGCAGCAGCAGUUAAUGGGUCAACAAAACAACCUCACAAAUAUGCAUCAGCAUCAGUUGGGACCUCAAAGUAAUGUUUCGGGGCUCCAGCGGCAGCAGUUAAUUGGAACUCAGUCUGGUAAUUCUGGCAUGCCGAGUAAUCAGCAAUCUGUACACAUGCUGCAACAAUCUAAAGUUCCAGUUCAGCAACAAACCCAGCAGAACACACCAACUUUGCUACACACUCAAGGGCAGCAGUCACAAGCACAGCUGCAGCAGCAGAUGAUGCCACAGAUUCAAUCACAGCAAGGACAGUUGCAACAGCAGUUAGGCUUGCAACAGCAACAAAGUACCCUACAACGAGAUAUGCAUCAAAGACUUCAAACAUCUGGCCCCUUGCAUCAGCAGCAGAAUGUAAUGGAUCAACAGAAGCAGCUAUUCUACUCACAAAGACCCAUUCCGGAGGCAUCAUUGACUUCUUUAGAUUCCACAGUUCAGACAGAAAAUGCAAGUGCCGCAGAUUGGCAGGAGGAGGUUUAUCAAAAGAUUAAGGCCAUGAAGGAGAGGUAUUUUCCAGAACUAGGUGAAAUGUACCAGAAAAUUGCUGUUAAAUUGCAGCAGCAUGAUUCUCUUCCUCAGCAUCCAAAUAAUGAUCAAUUUGAGAAGCUCAAGAAAUUUAAGGCUAUGUUAGAGCGCCUUAUAGCUUUUUUAACAGCUUCAAAGAGCAGUAUUACACUUGCUGUAAGGGACAAGUUGGGAUCCUAUGAGAAGCAGAUAACUAGUUUUCUGAAUUCAAACAGGCCCCGUAGGCCUGUUUCUUCAUUGCAGCAAGGGCAACAACUCCCCCCAGCUCAUAUGCAUUCAAUGCAGCAACCACAAAGGGGAUAUUUACAAUAG